CGAUAUGUACCCGACAAAUCAACCGGAACUCCUAUGUAGGCGUGCAGCAGUGAAUGGCCAGAUACAGGCUGCCAUAUACACUAGUGCUCCAUCACAAGCACGUAUGAGGCUGGAAUAUCGUGGGGAGUUCCUUCCCACGGUUCUUAUAAAGAGUGGACAAGGUAGGUAUCGACCCCCCCCAUAAAUUCGGUUUUCGGCUCUGAAACGCUAACUCUUGACUACCCUUUACAACUACGGUACUCUUCAGCCUACUUACGAACCAAUGUCGGAUAUCGAAGUCGAUCCUAUGCUAGAUGGAGGAGGGUCGGAUUAUGCUUCUUCAGGCUUCGCCACAGACUCCACCUCAUUGACGUCGAGCGUGAACGAAUAUGUCUUCGAAAACGGCCGGCGUUACCAUUCGUACUUCGGCGUCGACAAGAACCUGAUGCCUACGGAUGAGAAGGAGCAAGACCGGAUGGACAUUGCCCACGAGAUCAUGCUCCGCUUGUUGGAUGGCGAGCUGCACGCGGCUCCUCUGCACGAGAAACCCCACCGUAUUCUCGACGUCGGUACCGGGACCGGUAUCUGGGCCAUUGACAUGGCCGACAAACAUCCCGAGGCAGUAGUCACGGGAAUCGACCUCAGUCCUAUCCAGCCCGGAUGGGUUCCUCCCAACUGCAAAUUCGAGGUGGAUGAUGCCGAGCUUCCCUGGACAUUUAAACCCGACACCUUCGAUCUCAUCCACAUACGGAAUCUGGACCAGGGAAUCAUCAACUCGAACUGGCCGAAAGUACUCGCAGAAGCCUACCGCUGUCUGAAACCAGGUGGAUACAUCGAGUUGUCCGAGAUUGGAGUGAUCUUCCACUGCGACGAUGGCACGAUGAAGCCCGACAACCCCGCCUACCACUGGUCGGAGCUGUUGGAGAAAGCGAUGGCCAAAGCGGGACGUCCCGCCAUUUCCAAGGGCGUGCUCACCAGGCGAUUAUCGGAUGCCGGAUUCGACGACCUCCACCAGCACGACAUGAAGCUUCCGUUCGGCCCGUGGGCCAAGGAGAAGCGGUUGAAGGAGCUGGGAUGCAUGGCGCUUCUCGGAGCCGAUAGUGGUUUUGCCGCGUAUGGCAUGGCCGCGUUUACCAGAAUCCUCGAGCUUCCCGAGGAGGAUGCGCAGAAGAUCUGUCGCGAUGGCCUGGCUGCGGUAAAGAACAAGAAUUACCAUCUAUACGUACCGCACUUUGUGGCGUAUGGUCGCAAGCCGGAGGACAAUUAGGAGAAGCGAGGCAGGCGCUCAGAAUGCUCUUUAUGAUUUUUUACGGCCCUUUUUUUGUAUUGCACAUGAGCUUGAGGAAUUCGAAUGAACAUCCAUUCGGAGUCUGGAGAAACAUAGGUCUCAGAAUGUGAAAGAAAAAAAAC